AUGAUACAAAAGAAGACGUUGGACCAUCUGACUACAGCAACGGAAUUUCUGGGUUCCUGUCUCGUUUCCGGACUUGCCACAAGCCGGAGAGUCGCCAAAACAACCAACCUGAACCAACAGAUCCUUUCGCUCGUGGUCGUCAUUGCGUUUCUUUUGUGUUAUGCCUUUUGUUUGUUCAUCUUCGCUCUGGAGCUCUUUCUUGACUGCAUGCAAGUGCUCGUGGACUGCAUGCAAGCGACCAUCGUAUAUUUAUGGAACAUGGGCUGUUUCAUUGAGAAAGUGAUCAAAGCCUUUUUCCCGCGCACAGAGCAUCAAGCCACGCAACAAUCGCCGGCGUCGUCAUCAGCAUCCAGUGUAUCUGGACAGCCCACGGCAGCAUCCAAAGAAUCCUGCUGCGACCAAUGCGGCAAGACCAAGCUGUUGCACGCUCGAGUUGUGGAGGGAACUGACGAGGUACUUGUGGUUCGUGGCGAUGAAAAAUCCGGGAUACCCCCUGUCCGGUUUCUCAGGGAAAACUUUGGCUGCUGUGCAAUUUGCUUAGGCGACUACCAACGGGGCGACACCAUUUGUAGCUCUCCCAACCUCAAAUGCAGCCACAUCUUUCACAAGUCUUGUGCUCUGGAGUGGCUCAAGACGCAAUCGGGCUGUCCUGUCUGCAGGCGAUCCUACGUAUGUACGCAAUAA